ACUCCCGGUUUCUCCCAAACACCCUCACCCUCUCUGCCUAAAAGCCUCGCUUAUGCUUCUCCCUCCCCAUCCUUUUUUCGCCCAAAACUAUCGCCUUAGUGACAGAACCCUCGUGAUACAGUCGCCAUUAGAGCUAACUGAGAAGGCAACGACGGGGAUCGCGGCGUACACAGAUUUAAAACCCCCAUCUUUCUCCUCUUUCCGCCCCGCUUCUACUCGAAAUGAUGGACGAAGAUAGCCGGAUUUACUAAAUCCGCCAAUUCACGGGAUUUAAAUCCAUUACCAGACUGUCGGAGCCCUCGACCCGUCCAACCCUGGGAUAAUCUUCUUCGGGAGAAAGACGCUGAUCCCAAAAAAAAUGGUCCGAGAAGGCUCUUCGGACGACGAGGACGAUAACCAGGCUCUCGUCCCCCAGCACGAGGUGAAACCUCUCUCGCCGCACCACAACCACCGCCAAUUCGCCGCAUUAGGGAUCGCCGACGACCUUGCAGUCCGGAUCGGCCGUCGGGUUCGCUCUCGUCGAUGGCAGUGGUAUCUCCUCGCAAUUUGCCUUCCCCUUGUUCUCAUACUCGUCUUCUUCUCCCUCGAUAUCGGCCGCAUCUUCCGUGGCGUCACUAUUAUUCGUGCGGACUCUCCUGGGGACAGUAUGCGGGAGGCCGAGCUUCGGGCACUCUCCCUCCUUCGCAAUCAGCAGCUAGGGCUUAUGCAUCUGUGGAAUCGUACCAUUACUUCCCCUCCAAGUAAUAGUUCAAGCCCUGCACCUGUUAAAGACGAUUUGCCUAGCAUUCCAGUUUCGGCCUCAUUGGAGGAGUUUAGAUCCGCACUGCUGGAGCAGAUCAAGCUUAACAAUCAGAUCCAGGCAACAUUACUAGCUGCUCACAGUGGCAGAAAUGGCUCACUUAAUUCCAUGGAUGACAAUGUGGACGCCUAUUUUUCUGGCGCUAGGGCUGAUGUUUGUAGGAAGGUAGAUCGAUCCGCAGAAAGGAGGACGAUCGAGUGGAAGCCAAAGAAAGACCGCUUUUUGUUUGCAAUAUGUAUGUCAGGUCAGAUCUCCAACCAUUUGAUAUGCUUGGAGAAGCAUAUGUUCUUUGCUGCACUUCUUGGUCGAGUUCUUGUCUUCCCAAGCCAUAAAGUGGACUAUGACUACAGCCAAAUUUUGGACAUUAAUCACAUAAACCAGUGUUUAGGUAGGGAAGUUGUCCUCUCUUAUGAUGAUUUUGUGAUGAAGAUGAAGAAUAAGUUGAAGAUCGAUAGGCUCAUGUGUUACAUUGCAAACCCUCCAUGUUAUCUUGAUGAAGAACACAUCAAGAGAUUGAAGAAUUUGGGGAUUUCUCUGGGCAAGAUUGAGGCUGCAUGGCCUGAAGAUGCGGAGUUAAAGGUGCAAAAGAAGAGGACUGUAGCAGAUAUUAUGCCUAAAUUCUCUUCUAAUGAUGAAGUGAUUGCAAUAGGGGACAUGUUUUAUGCUGAUGUGGAACAGGAGUGGGUUAUGCAAUCCGGUGGUCCUAUUGAUCAUAAAUGUAAGGUUCUAAUUCAACCAAAUCGGCUGAUCCUCCUCACUGCACAGCGGUUUGUGCAGACAUUCUUGGGAAGCAAUUUUAUAGCAUUACAUUUUCGAAGGCACGGGUUUUUGAAGUUCUGCAAUGUGAAAAAGGAAAGUUGCUUCUAUCCCAUUCCCCAGGCUGCUAAGUGUAUCCUCAGAGUAGUCGAGCGAGCCAACGCUCCCGUGAUUUAUUUGUCCACAGAUGCUGCCGAAAGCGAAACAGACCUUCUGCAAUCACUGGUUGUUUUGGACAGUAAGCCAAUUCCUUUAGUCAAGCAACCGAGCCACACUAGUGUCGAGAAAUGGGAUGCCUUGCUGUACAGAAACCAUAUCGGCGGAGACCCCCAGGUUGAGGCCAUGCUGGAUAAGACGAUCUCGGCUAUGUCGACUGUAUUCAUAGGCGCCUCCGGAUCAACAUUUACUGAAGAUAUUCUACGACUAAGACGAGGAUGGGGAGUUGCGUCGCAGUGUGAUGAAUAUCUUUGCAACGACGAGCUUCCGAAUUUUAUUGCUGAGACUGAAUGAGAACUAUGGAGCUGACAAUCACCUCUCUUCAUAAACUUUAGGCCCUCACUUUAUGUACUUUAACUUUCUUUAUUUGGCUCCGUAUAUUUUUCCAUGUAAAUUGAUGUGUGCAAGGGUGUGCAGCGUGUGCUCUUUACUUGUGCUUAGAGGACAUGGUAUAUUCAUUAUUUUUUAUAGAGUGCCAUUCAUCCAAUUUAG